AUGCCCGCCAUGCCCGCCGACUCCCCCGUCGAGCUUGACUACUCCUCCGACAUCGACUCCCUCCCCUCCAGCGACACCUACUCGGACGACGACGCCGACUCGGACGCCCAGGGGGAAUGGGACCGCUCGCUCGAGCAGCUCCAGCUGCUGCUGACCAUGAUGAUUGUCCCCUGGAUGGGCAAGUACUUUGGCAGGAGGUUCGCCUACUGGAGUUGGUCGCGGUACAUGGAGUGGAUGCACAACGUCGACGUGCGGUGGACGAGUAAAGCCGCAUUCCGGGCGGCCGGCAUCGCGGAAACGGCUGCCACGCUGUAG